AUGUCAGGUUUGGCGGCCAAGCUCAAAGCUUCCUGUGACCGAUGUGCGGCGGACAAAGUCAAGUGCGGGAAACAGCAUCCCUCGUGUGCAAGAUGCAUACAAACGAACCGAGAGUGCAACUACGGCGUGUCACAACGAGCGGGCAAACCAUCACAGGCUAAGCUGGCGCUCCGACGAGAGCUCGCUGCCUGCGACGGCGUGCAACUGAGCAGUGCCGAUGCGCCAACAAGGCAGGGGAGCGCUGCUGGUUCGCCAAGCGCAAUGCAGGUCGCCGUUAAUCCCGAACUAUCGAAUGUUACGUCAGACUUUUGGCAAUGCAGGGACCUGAUGCUACCGAGCCUACCAUGGCAGGAGGAGCUUGGAGUCUCAGGCAACUUGGGAGCCGCCCAUCAUUCGCCAGCAGCAUAUUAUGACCCGUGUGCCGCAUUGACAGGAGCCUCACUCGCCACUACAUUAUCAGGAACCACACAGUUCAGCCUUGCCACAUCACAACAAGCAAUUACCCUUUCAGAAACAUUACUGGACGCGGUUGGUGGCGAAUUUUCCGUGUCUGUGCCAAUGACGCCGACAUCGUCUGGUCACUCGUCGGCGACAUUGGACGCUCCCCGGGGGCCGCCUUGCUGCGAACCGACUGAAGUUGCGAAGCAGCUUGCGGGAUCAAUUGGUCCUGAGCCAGCUUCACGACAUGGUGGGGAAGUGGGAGCAGAAGAAGGCGACUGGAGAGGUGAAACUGUCGUGUGUGAUUACAAACUUGGUGCUCUCGCGGCUGCACUCGACGGUGGAUGA